AUGGCUCGUCAUCGCAAAGUUGCCAAGUCCUCCUCCGACUCUUCCCUAGCGCCCAAGACUCGUGCCCACAAGAAGGCUAGUCCUGUGACCGAACCAGGUGUAAAGUGUGAAGCUUCUGGUUCCACAGAUGUCAAGAAGAAUUCAGAAGCAACUGAGAAGCCUGAAAAGACGAUUAAGAGGAAGAUCUCACUCAAAACCACAAUCUCACCUCCAGCAAAGCGCCAGAAGACAACUGUUAUCAAGCCGACCGAGAAUGAUACCAAGCCUAUUGCUACCAAUCCAAGCACUCCCAAGAAGAAGCCAGGAGCAAUUCCACAAGAGUCUUUUAAGCCCCAAUUCCGCACCUUUCCCGAGACUCCGAAGAAGCCUAGCAAGAUCAAAGACGACGCGAUGCACAAGAUGGAUGACUCUGACUCCGACCUUGAGCCCCAGUCUAUGGCUGUCCACAGUAGCAGUUCUCGACGACUCAAGGCUGAGAUUGCGAAGCUCAAGUCUCAGAUCAAGAAACCCAGAGAUUCGGCGCCCAGUAUCUUCACCAGCACGGUCUACAAAGACAAAGAUGAGAAGAAAAACAAAUGUGGUCUAGACAAUCGCAAAAUCAGCCAGGUCUCUGAGGGCCACAUUCUUGUUGCUGAAGCAGAUUACUCAGUCCUGAUGCGCCGCACAGUUACUGUCAACAAAAUGGUCCUUACUUUCAUGGAGUCUACUAGCGGUGUUGAAGACUCAAACAUUGACAAGAACCCUGCUCUGACCUACCUUUUGGCUGAAGCUCAUUCUCUGUCCUUUGGGGUUCAGUCUCUCACUAACGCAAUCACCCAGCUGCCUGUCGCAGAGAAAGACAGUGCUGCAGACAUUAAGAAGGUUGUUGAGGACACUGGAGGCGCUGUGGUCUCUGAGCAGCUUCCAGCCGAAAAGCUUGGAGAUGGCGAAGAGGACAUUGGAACUGACCUGCCUACUCCCACCAAGAGAGUUGUCAUUAAAGUCAGCAAAUAG